CGCGUUGAUAUUUUAUUAGAAUUCUCUAUACGUUAAUUUUUUUUAUUAGAAAGUACAAUUACAGAGUCUUAAAAACGUUAUAUGUGCAGAAACAUAACGAUGAAAUAGAAGCUUUUCCGAAUUUUUCCCUAAUAAAAUAACUUCUCGUAACAGCAAUGAAAAGGAAUACUUUUCGAAAAUAUUCUGCUACGCCGAUAUUCUUUUUAUUAUUUGGAGAUUUGCCAAUCACGGUUGUAUUUUUCGUGGAUGUCCUCUGUACAGGCAAGGGGUGGUAAAAAACCACCUGUUAAUAUAAUCCUCGAAUCAUGUAACGUGGCUUGCAAAGGCUGCAGCUGGGAAUCACUUCUUGAUGAAUGGAGCUUAAAAUUCGUGACAGUCUCCGCCUCCCACCGACUAUCACCGGGAAACUCGACGCUGUUCACUGUUUUGACACGGGGGGAAAUCGUUCAAACAGUGUUCAUUAGUAGAUUUUAGUUAGUCCAAAAAUUUAUUUGAACAAAGCACAAUUGGAUCGUCAAACUCAUCUGAGGGAUGAGUUCUCCAGUGUCCAUAAGUAACACUGGCCCCACGGCUGGUGCUACAGGAAUGGAAACAGUGGUAGCUGUUGCGCUUGGCGCACUAGCUGCUGUCUUCCUCGGCGCACUCCUAGUAUUACUUGUUAUAUGCAAAAGACAAAGAUGUUACUAUAAUCAAAAAGACUCUCCAGACCUAAGCUCAGACUUGUUAGAGGGAGAGAAUUUCUCUGGUUUGGGCUUAGAUGCUUGGGAAAGUGAAGAGUGGUUAGCUGGUGCAGAGAGAUGGGUUGAUGAUGCUACUGGUUUAGCUCCACUCUGCAUUGCUGUGUUAAGAUCUUGUCAUGCUUUGGCCUCCAGUCUCACUGCUAUUGCAGGCACAGUGAACAGUAACACUGUUCCAUUAGAGAUAGUGGAUGUUGCUAGACGUAUUCCACCUCGUGUUGAUGAUGUGGUCAGAAGUUUGUAUCCACCAUUAGAUGCCAGAUUAUUAGAAGCGAGAGUAGCAGCAUUGGUAUUAGCCGUUACACACUUAGCAUUGGUGACUAAGCACGGAGUGUCCAAGAGUCAUGCUAGAAAGUUGGCAUUCAUUGAUCAAGCUUUAAGUGAUAUGGAUACACAUUUAUCAGUCUUGAGAAAUGCUGCAUUGGCACAGGAAGUAGCUUGCUCCGUUCCAGCUUCUACACCAGUCUGACUUUCUCCUGAUCCAUAGGAAUUUUCACAAUUUCUAUGUUUCUCAUGGUUUUGGGUUUUUACACUAGGCUUUAUUAUUAAGCUCUAUGUGAAAUUGAAGGUACACACAUAGUAUUAUGAAAUAUUUCAUAUUAUGUAUUUCUUUUCUUUUUUAUUAUGUCAAAGUCCAAAACCCAGUAGUGCAACUUCGAGUUUUCUACCGACAAUGUUCAGUGUAUUACAUUUCAUGUAAUCACAGUGUUACAAAAAUGCAUACAUUACUUUCGUGACGUAUUAAAAAAUAUCGUAAGAUAUAUAUGUAUAUAGAGUUAAACAUCUUUCACAAUCAAAGAACACCAGAGAUAUAUACUUCUUGUGAUAUGGAUAUCCAUGAGAUUUUAGUCUUCCAUGAUGUUAAUAACUUAUAUAUAUGAAAGAUGAAAAAUUCUAUUUCGAAAGAUACCGUGUCGUUUUAUCGAUUAUACUAAGUAUUUAUAAAUGUUUUUUUUUUUUUGUUUGUACAUGUCUAUAUAUUUUUUUAUAUCUAUCAAGAAUCAAAUUAAUUUAUAGUUAAAUAUGACUUUAUAAUAAAGUUAAAUUGUAAAAGAAGAUUUCGAGUAUUUGUUGCGUGUUUUGUAAUACUUAAAUGUGUUUUAUUUCUUCUGUAGUCUCUGUAAUAAUCUAUACAUAUGUAUACAUAU